UUCAUCGUCCUGGUGGCUCGCAGUGAAACGUGGACUUCUCUCAGAUCCACAUGAACAGAUCGGACUCUCUUUUCUGGGUUUUCUUCCUCCUGUUGCUGGAUGUCUGGAUUCACGCUGACGGUGUCCCUGAGGUGGUGGCUCCAUGUGAAAAGGUGUUUGUUCGUCCGGGUGACGUGGCGGUGCUGCCGUGCCUCCUGAACCCCCGGCAGGACCUGACGUUCUACACCGUGGAGUGGUCCAGGAGGGACGGGCCGGACCAGGUGGACUACAUCCACAUCUACCGGCGGGGGAUCCAGGAGGCCACCGGCCCCACCCGGACCAGCCUGUUCCUGGACCAGCUGGCCCAGGGGAACAUCUCGCUGGCCGUCCUCAACGUGACGCUGGCCGACGGCGGGACCUACUGCUGCACCGUGCCCAGGCUCAGCGGCACGUCGGCAUCCGUGGAGCUGGUUGUUGACCCAAACUACAGCCGCCCCUCAACAACGUUCCCGCCCCCGACCUCCACAGUGCAGGUGUUCACCGUGGCACCGACCGACGCCGCCGGUUCCGGAUCGGAGGUCAGAUCGUUCGCUCCCACCGCGGCGGCGUUCAGCUUCUUCAUCAUCCUCAUCCUCGCUCUCACUGUGGUCUCAAUAACCCUCAGCAAAAGCCCCAGGAACAAAGAGUACGUCAAGGAACCCUGUGAAGACCCUUUAACUGCGGCCCCACUGAACGGCCACGUUUGUGUCUGAUGGCGCGCUAGCUAGCGUAGCGUAGCACAUCGUAUCGUGGGUCCCAGGUUCUGCCCCCGCCGACUGCUGACGGAACUGAAUCCCACCCACCAGGUUUCCCUGGAACUAGCAACUGAACCAUGCCCCCGACUUUAGCAUUAGCAUGUAGCUCUGCGUGCGCCGUCGGAGUCCAGCUGUGGGGAAACGGCCAGAUGUGACGCGCAGCUGGAUGGCGCCGUCCAACGCCGGAGUCCAUGAGUCUCCGGUUCAGGACGUCAAGGUGAACUUAAAGAAGAAAAGUAAUCUGGAGAAUCAGAGGGACACUUUUUCUGUUUUUAAAUUUCAAAUAUUUAAGCUUCUGGUUUCACAAACUGGAAAGAAAAACAUACUGACUGUGAUUAUAUGAAGAAGAGUUGUCCUCAUCAAAUGUUGAUGUGGAAACUUAGAGUUAGGAUCUUUCUUUGUUUGCUGCUCUCAAUCUCACAGCGAAGUGAAAAGGUUGUGACAUCACUACACAUGAAGGCUGCAGAGUCCCGGGAGGACAAGGGCGUUCAGGAAAUAACACUUAACUAAUGUCGUUCUUCGUCCCGCUGCUUGAGUUGGAACUUGUCCAUUUACUUGAAAAUGGCGGCCAUUCUCUUGGACGAGGACCUGUUUGUAUUCUGCUAAUGUAACAUGUUUAUCAGUGUUAACUGCGUGCGUCUCAGCAUCACUCUGUAGCUCCUUUAUUUUCAACAAUCAAAAAAUCUAGAACAUUCAGUGUUUCUUAACAGGUCUUGGAGGAUAUCCGCUCGUCUUUCAUUUCCCUCACUCGUCUCCCGUCAAAGUUCUGUCCUUGACUUUUUUAAAGCUUAUUGUGCAUGUUAACCUUUAAUUCAUUUAAAACGUUGAAGGACCUUUUUUUAUUGAUUUGUAAUUUUAGAUUGUAGAGUGAAAUGUUUACAGUCAAAAGUUUAGUUUUGUUAUUUUAAGCUGAAUGUUUACUGAAGAGAAACGUUUCUGCUGUAAUACUGCUAAAGCAGUUUGAAGUGCACUCAAUUUGUAACUUUUUUUUCUGUAUUUUUUUUUUUUUCCUGAACUUUAAAGGGGAAGAAACGCUGGGUUGAUGUUUAAACCUGUUACGAUAAUGAAGACGUUUGAAUGUUCUGAUUUGGGUCGUGGAAAUGUGACACGUUAGCGACAAGUUUCUUGUUUUCUGAAGCACUUUGAAUUUGUUGGCAGCUCAGCUCAUCUUCAUGUAACAGGAAAGUAUGUUCUAGACCAGGGGUCUGCCACCUUUAGAACCAAAAGAGCCUUUUUUUUU